AUGGGACGGCAGCCGCUAAAAAAAGGCGGUGGGCGCAAGGAGCGCAAAAACGUCCGCACGUCCACCACGUUCGAGACGCGGCUGGCGACGAUCAAGCACUUCGAAGAAGGUGGCGACAUGACGUCGACCGUGGAGCACUUUUUCCCGGCACUUUCUGUGCAAGCUCAACGCAGCAAAAAGCGCGUCAUCUACAGUUGGGUCAAGGACCGCGACAAGAUCGCAAAAGCCUGUGAGUCCGCCAAUUCUGCUAAGGCGCAUCGGCUGCGCAAGCCAGGACUCGGCCUUACACUCAGCAGUGAUGCUGAGAAGUGCAUCGUCGUCUGGCUGCGGUCGCUGCAAAAGCUGGGCGUGCCUGUAACCGGAGCCAUGGUGUCUGAGCAUGCCUUGGAGGUAGCUAAGGAGCUGGGAAUUGAUAGCACGCUCUUUACGGCGUCAACUCCCUGGAGAAAGAAAUUUCUAGAGCGACACGGCCUGAGUCUGAACGGGUAG